UACAGUAGAUAAAGAUAUAAUUAAGGAACGAUUAGGAGCGGAUCCCCCUUGCAUAUAUGCAGAAAAUUGUAAAUUAGAACAUGAUGAAGGAAAGGCUCAUGAGUAUCAUGAAGAUUAUGAAGACAUGUCAGGAUGUCAAACUGAAGGGUUCUCCAAUUGUGACACAGAAACAGGAUUAACUCCACCGCAAGUAAUGAUCCGUGAAGAUAUUCCUUUAUUUAAAGAAGAAUGGAUAGAAGACCUGACUCAUUAUUCAAAUACCACUUCUAUACUACCUUCAUCCGAAUUUUCUAUUUCCCUAAAUG